CUCAUUGUUCUAGAUCUUUGAAAGCCAGAGGAUGAAGUUUUCUGAGAUUCCUCAACGGCUGCAUGCACUACUGAUGCCUCCCGAGCCAAUCAUCAUCAACCAUGUCAUAAGCGUGGAUCCCAACGACCAGAAGAAGACGGCAUGCUACGAUAUAGACGUGGAGGUGGACGACACCCUGAAGACCCAGAUGAACUCUUUCCUGCUGUCCACGGCCAGUCAGCAAGAGAUCGCAGGCCUUGACAACAAGAUCCAUGAGACCAUCGAAACCAUUAACCAUCUGAAGACUCAAAGGGAGUUCAUGUUGAGCUUCGCAAGAGACCCGCAGGGCUUCAUCAACGACUGGCUCCAGUCUCAGUGCAGAGACUUGAAGACGAUGACAGAUGUGGUUGGAAACCCAGAGGAGGAAAGGAGAGCUGAGUUCUACCACCAACCCUGGGCUCAGGAGGCUGUGUGCCGAUAUUUCUAUUCAAAGGUUCAGCAAAGGAGACAGGAGCUGGAACAGGCUCUUGGCAUUCGAAACACAUAAGCAAGCUCGCGGCCGUUACGACACAGGACCAGAGGGGGUUCUGGGUAGCAAAUGUCCUGCUGCUCUGUGCUGCAGACGCUGAUCACUACAGUUAUAUUACAGUUUAUCUUGUGCUGUCCUGCUGUAGCUGCCCAAGAAUAACCCUUAUUCAGAAAUUACCUUAUUUUUGUUGUGACUCUGCCAAACUGUUGUCUGCUGUCAUCCUUAUUUUUACAUAUUUCAAGGUUCCCACGUGACUGAAUGUUUGUCAAGGUGAUUUUGCGAUGCGGUCACUUCGGAAAAUGUAGAUUUCUGACCAAACUGACAGGCUUUGUUGGAUAAUUUUGUUAAUUAUGUAACUAAAUUCCAAACCGCAAGAAUGCUCUUAGACAUGCUAAUGUUUGAGCCCAUUCGCCACUUUCCAUAUUAACCAAUCAGCAAGAGUUACUUUUUGGAGGGGUCAUUGUUUAUUUUUAAAGUUAUCGAUAUUGUCCUUGAUAUUUUAAUGUUCUCAUAAUAUGAACUUUAUGAAGAUCUAGUCUAGUUAAACAUAGAUGACUGAUAAUGACAUAGUGUAGUACCUCAGCUCUGUGAAGAUGAAUUAUUUGGAGGAAGUUCCUUGAACAAGUCUGUUGACAUUAAAGGCGAGCUCACUUGUUAGCGUUUUCUGCAACGCUCGAUAUAUAAGAUUUUUUUAAUAGCUCAUCCGUUUAAUAGUCGUUUAGGUCCACAAGAUUAGAUGUACUGCUGAUCGACCUGUUUGAUUAUAGAUCUUUUGGUCACAAGCUUUGUCCUGGACUUUAAAGUACUUCCACUCUAACCUCGCUGUGGUGUAUUGAUAUAUUUAGAGAAACGCAUUCAUGGUUUAUUGGUUCAUUUGAUUAAUUCUUGUCAUUAAAGUCAACUUGUCACUCUAUAUGUGAACAAUAUGAAAAACCUGCCAGUGCAAGUACUAACUGGUCAUGGCUACCCACAAAACGUCUAGGAAAACGGUCAAGUGUUUUAAUGCUGCAGAGAGGCAGUGGGUUCUUCCACUCGAGUAAUUCAAAGCAUUUAGAACUUGCUAAAGACUUUAACAUUCUGGGUAGUUUAAGUUUUAACUACAUUUCGUUGUUUUCCUAAAGUCAUGUAUUUGUUUUGAUUUUUAUAUCUUAAAGUCUUGUUUUUCUUUAUUUUCUUUAAUGGACCAAAUGUUGUAUUUCUCUAUUAGCCCUUGUGUUAUAAUAAAGAUAAUCUUGUAUCAAUGCU